AUGACAUUCUCUCCACCAGACGACUACAUGCAAUUCCCACAAAUACCGCAUGGCCCAAACAACGACUGCAAUUGGACUCCGAUCAAUGAGCUCCAAUUUUCACUGCCGUUUUGCCUGACUCCCCCUGAUUCAGACCUAGGCCAAUCCGUGAGCUCUGUCGUCCAUGUAGGUGAAAAGGAACAGCUACCACGAUGGACAGAGCCAGAGCCAGGCUGGUUAGACAGUCUGGAGUCUUCCUACCAAAACCAAAAGACUGAUACUGACAGUACCACCCAUCCAUACUCAAAUUUUCAAAUCAAUGAUCGAACCUCUACGGCACCUGCCGUUCCUGACCAUCAGGAGCCCUACCCAGACUCCGCCACUACACAAAAACAGAGCACAGGGCGGCGGAUACGUCGACAGAACCACUCGUGUGAUCCAUGUCGUCUGGCAAAACGGGGAUGCGACCUUCCAAGGGGGGUAGCAAUCUCUGGCAACAAGCCCACAGUUGCGUGUACUAUGUGCUCCCUCCGUAGUAUGGAAUGUACGGUAGCCUGGUUAGCUAGCCGGAAACCCUCCCGCCACACCCAGAGGCGAGCAGAGACUCCCCCUAGGUCUCCAGCACCCAAUAGAGCCCUCAAUUCCCAAUGGAGGCCAACUGAGGACGUGUCCCAUGUGCAAGGUUUAACGUUGCUACCCCGAGCUGAAUGGGACCAAGCGAAGCAGCUGGAAGCACGGGAACGAUGCGUGCAGCAUUUGUAUUUAUAUAUCGAUGUCGUUGAUAUGCAGAUCGCAACCUGCCUCUCCGAGAGAUGCAUGCCUCCUUGCUAUUCUCUAGGGAUAGACGCCCUGGCGCCGUUGAGCAACAGCGCCGAUGUAUCUCCGUACCUGGAGCGCGCCCGAUCGAGCAUCAACAACUGCUGGUACAUGAAUCUGACAACAUGGAACUCAACAUCUGCGACACCUAAUCUUUACCUCGCUGUAUCACUACUGGACGCACUCUUCCAGCGCCCGGGGCUCUCGCAGGGCCCUACAUCUCGCAAUAUGCGAGAUGAAGCUAUUGAUGAAACAUACAAAUGGGUUGCUAUCGCAAUAGCCACCCAAUUCACAGUGCAAGAAAACAACCAGAGAGAAACAGCCAAGUCACAUUCGUGGGCCAGAGAUAUUGCUUUUGCAACAUGGCAAAAAGCCAGAGAGAUGCUCUUCAAGAACAUCGGAGCAACUAGGUCUUUUCGCCUGGCACUCUCCCUCAUUCUCUUUGGCGGAGUUUUGCCACCAACCGGGCUGGAGCAGAGCGAAAUGUGUGCGGAGGAUAUCGCUUACGCACACCGCGAGGGGGCUCGGCGUCUUCGAGCACUCUGUUCUAAUGCGCGGGUGUAUCUCCAGGAAAAUAAUAGGCAAAGGAGUCCUCCCCUCUCGUCUUCAAAUGCGAUAGGCGCCGGCACUGGAAGGAGAAAGUCACACAUAGUCCAAGCGUUCUCGCCCGAAGUUCGACAAUACAUCCUAGAGGUGGUUGGUGCCAUUGAGUGGUUCUUCUGGAUGUCUCACUCGGUCACCGUCGUCAUGUCUCGUGAGCGAACGGACCCAACGAGUCUCGACCUUCAAGACACUAGUAUUAAUAAAUUACCUUUGCGGGGCCCAGCGCAGCCGGGCAAUUUGGACGAACUGAAGACAAGACGGCAUGAGCAAGAGAUUGAAGAUUCUAUUCUUACGCGUGCUCGACCUAAAAAGCACAAUGUAUCUACUCUGUGGUCUAAGAACGCAUCGUGCGAUGUUGUGGAUCGCGCUGUCACCAGUGCAGGCUCACUUAUUGUGCUGCUGUGGCGAUCAUUAGCGCUGCUGACAAUCGCAUCACAAGAUCUACUGACGGGCUUGGGGGAUGGAAAAAGCUUCCAGCGCCACUAUAAUGCGACAACUGUGCUCAUUGACUCAUGGAGAGAAGCCUUUGGUCCCAUUACCUCUACAACCAUCAUGAGCUUACAAGCGUCCCGAGCGGAUGUCCAACGCAGGGUUCUCUUCUGUGCUACCGAUGGCGACCUGGCGAUUCUCCUGUUCGAUGAGCUUAUCCGCGAACUGGAGGUAAACCUCAUGGAAUCGUUACCAGCUGGAGAUAGCCUUCACACGGUUCUCCGAUCAACGAGUGCGUAUCGCCAAGAGGAGAGGCUUGCAAGUGCCAUGAAUAUAUCCUAUCUAGCAUCAUUCAGUAUUAGAGUGCCGAGUCCCGGACUCCAAGGGGACCAUGGCUUGAAGGCGAACGUCCAGGAUAUAGCUGCGCAUCCGCAACCGGCCCUUGUUGUUAAGGCCUAUACACUGGCUGCCAAAACACUUGCGGACGAGAUCCAGCGUUUGAUGGCUAAGAUGGAGACAGGCAGUGUGUACACGCUGACAAACGGUCUGAACCACUGCUUGCAAGGACUGCAGGCGCUGGAAAAGACGCUCGUGAUGUUUCCGAACAGAGAAGACACGCCCUUACAUCUGUUGAGGGGUAUAUACCCAAGAAUAUCCGGAAACGAAUCAUUUGUCCAGUCUUUGGCCAAGAUCAUGACCGAUGGAUCGGAUAUUGUGUUCACGGAUUCUCUCAGCGAACAAAACAGAACCAUAGUUCCCAUAGAGCAACUCAAAUCUGCGAUAAAUAUAGCCCCCGGUCGCAUACGCAGCACCAAGAUUUUACAAAUAUCAGCAUCCACAGUUCUGAAAGUUGGCCGAGCGGUCAAGAUGGAUGAAGCAGAAGCAUUGCUCUUAGUCGCCGCAAAAACAAAGGUGCCGGUGCCGAAGGUCUAUACUGCCUACACAAUAGGCGAGAUAGGGUUUAUCCUUAUGGGCAAAAUCGAGGGGAAAUCCCUUGGAUCUUGCUUGGACGAUAUGCCUCGCGAAGUGCUUCAGAGGAUUGCGUACCAACUCAAAUCCUAUAUUUGUGAAUGGCGUGAGUUGUCCAGUUCGUUCUUGGGCUCUGUAAAUGGCGGGCCGUGCCGCGACAUCAUCUUCAGGCACCCCUGGGAUUAUACGUCUACGAAACAGUACGGACCUUUCUAUUCCUUCGAACAAUACCGGCAUGGUGUUGUGGAGGCACUCCGUUUGUCAAGGCCUCCCGGAAUCUGGUAUGAAGAAGAGGAAGAGCUCAAGGACAGGGUCCUAUCCUUUACGAAAGAGUGUUCUAGUAGUCUGGGACUUAUGACUCACGGAGACUUACAUCCAGGAAAUAUCAUUAUCAAGGACGGGCAAAUUGAGGGAAUAGUUGACUGGGGUGAUGCUGGGUACAGUCUUCCAGAGAGAGAGUAUUUCGCUGCUAAGCGGAUUGCUAUGGAUCCGAUCUGGAUUGAAAUGAUCGACUCUGCUAUCCCUUGCUUCCAGAAAGAAUAUGAGAUUUGGGAUGAAGUCGACCGAUCGAUGAGGCGGUAUUCCCCUGUAUAG